UCGUGACACUGCACAUACAACGCUUUCUUUAGUGUCACGCCACGCAUUUAUAUUGCCAGACAUCGUCCGAUCCGUGCAAACGCAAAAUGAAUACUGGACUGGGGUUGUUCACGUUUGUGGUGUUCACAAGAACUGCAUAUUGUUUGUGGCCAUACUCAUUCCAUGCUUCCUGCAAAAUUGACUGGUCGUUUGGUUUGAACUGCACACAUGUAAACACUGAAAUAGUUUCGCAAAUCAAGAAAUGGAAAGGACCCGAUAACUGUGAGCAAGGUGGACAAAAGUGUUUAUAUGAGCUGAUUUUUUCCAAUGAGACAUUCAUCCAAGCAACUCAUACAACUCCAGUCAAGAAAUACAUAGAUGAUAUGACAUUCCAUUUACAAGUAAAUCAGAAAACAUGCUCUGUACAGGGUAAUUCUGAGUCCAGGGUAUGGUAUGCUGUGCUGGAUUAUGGAACAAACUACUGUAAUUUACACAACAUUAUAGAAGGUGCAGGUCUUGAUAAAGCACCAGGAUAUAGUGAAGACACCGCUGAUAAAAUAUGCACCCAGUAUACAUCAGCCAACUGUGAAGUUUACUAAACAUGGUUACAUAUCAUCAAUGCUGUUCUGUAUCACAGAACCAACAAAGUAUUUUGAUUUUAUUUAAAUGUAUGCUCUUAUUUUCAUUCUUGUGGUUGAGAUUCGGGCGUAGACUUAUCGUCUCGUAAUGACAGAUAAAACCUCAAAUAAUGAUUUGUGUUUAUUCAGGGCUAUAGAUAAUUGUAACAUUCUUCCAAAGCAUUUUGAUACUUUUUUAUGAGGCCAGCAAAAUAAUGGCUUAUAUAAUUUUGCUUAACAGUUGUUCCUACAGUGUAACUGUAGAUAUUACAGCCAUGAUUAUUUUGUGCCUUUAUAUAAGUCUGAUCGAGAUAUAACAUAUUGAUGUAGGAUAAAUGUUGUUUUUUGAUGUAAGCAAGUCUAGUAAGUAAGGUCUAUGUAAAACUACUCAAAUUACAUGCAUGCAAAGAAUUGGAUGGCUGCUGAGAAUUUGAUGAGUUUCAAGCUUAAAUCACAUGCAUAGUAUACAUUUAGGAUAGUACUUAUUUAUCUUUGAAUUGUCAAUCUUGUACGUUUAACAAGACAAACAAAACUGAAAUGAAUGCAAUUGUAAUGUUGUACGAAUAGCAUCAUCAUAGCAUCAUGAAAUAAACAAUUUGUACUGACGCAAAUGUGAAA